AUGGCAGUCGAGACUGACCAUGGCCCCGUCAUCGUCUAUCCUAGCUCAGCAGCAGUGCCCCGCCAAGCAGUCGAUUGGGCCUAUGACUAUGAUUCACAGUGCAAUGUUUCAACUAAUCCUUGCAAUGUGCGCACUACGGAUGUCAUGACAGCGGUGUACGGGUUUAGUAGCGUAAUGAGCAAGGUCUUGGGCCGGCUCAACAAGGACGACGUGGUAUUCAAAAGACGCAUUGCAGCUGUGGAGAUUGAGAGCCAUAGAGAACGGGUUCUAAGUUCCGCUCAUGUGGUAGUCCCGGAUUUACGAAAGGAGUGGAAACAAGCGACGGCACACUUUGUGGAAAUCACUCAAUGGAGACCUCCCGGGAACGCGUCAAGAGGCAAGAGACGACAAGCAACGAACGCGAUGAGCAGGGCCAAGUGGGCGGGACAAGAAGCCGCAGCAGCGGGAGCAGGCACAGGCAUUUGCAUUGGACGAGACAGCACGGUUGAGAUCUUCUGGCAUAUGGACGGUGAUUGUUACUUCGCGCAGUUUCAGGCCAUGUGGACGUCGAAGAGCACAGACCGGGUUUAG